GAAAGGUUGCUAGGAGAAGCUGGGCUGGAAUUGCCGGUGAGAGCAGUGUGAGGAGAGCAGCGGAUCCGGGAUGAGGGUUCUCUGCGCGCUGACGGUGAGCGGCCUCCUGCUGCUGCUGCUGCCCGCCCGGGGCCAGGCGCUGAAGGCCGGGGACUGCGAGGUCUGCGUGUCCUUCCUGAGCCGCUUCUAUCAGUCCCUUCAAGAGAAGAAUGUGGAGUUCACGCCAGCGGCGGUGGAGGCGGAGCUGAUGAAGUCAUGUGAAGCCGCCAAAGGGAAAGAGAACCGAUUUUGCUAUUACAUCGGAGGCACCAGUGAUGCAGCCACAAAGAUCACCAACGAGGUUUCCAAGCCGCUGAGUCACCACAUCCCGGCCGAGAAGAUCUGCGAGAAACUCAAGAAAAAGGACAGUCAGAUCUGUGAGCUGAAAUAUGACAAGCAGAUUGAUCUCAGCACGGUGGAUCUGAAGAAACUGCGGGUGAAGGAACUGAAGAAAAUCCUGGACGACUGGGGCGAGAGCUGCAAGGGCUGCGCCGAGAAGUCCGACUACAUCCGCAAGAUCAACGAGCUGAUGCCCAAGUACGCGCCCAAUGCAGCAAACGCACGGACAGACCUCUGACCCACGGACCCCCAUGGACUCCUGCACUGACUGACUUCUAGUUUAAUUUACUUUUUUAGAUUUUUGUUUUUCUCUCGUUAGUCCGGGGGCCGUGGCUCCUCCUCUCGCGCGGUCGGACCGCAGCGCCGCGUUAUAAGGGUUCAUUUUCUUUGAGUGGCAUUUUUUUCUAUGAAAAUAAAAGAAUCCACUCUGA